AAGUCUUUUAUUUGUCAGGUACACAGAACAAAACAAGGUCAGACUGGGCACUGAAAUUCUUAAGACAAGACAAUGCAAGCAUCUGGCAUAACAGAACGUACACGAUUAGUUGGUGACAUGAGACUGGCUGUGAAGACAUAUUCAAUGUUUAGAUGUGUGACAGUUUCUUCAUUACACAACGUUGUGGAGGUAUUUACUAUUCACAAAGGUAAAUGAGGUAUUUGGUCCCAUUUGAACUAUCAUGCUAAUAUAGGUAGGCUAGAAUGUGUUGAUCAUGUGUCAACUAUACCCCCCACUGCAGAAUCAUUUUAGCGGAUGCAGUUUCUGUCAACAUAAUCCAUUAUUAACAACCUCUGGAUUCCACAUCAGGCAACAUCCACAUCCCUGCGGAGGGGACAAAUUGUAAAGAAUUGAUUAAGGCCAAAGACUUCAGUUUCCCAUUGAAGACCUUUUACAUACACACUCUAAAGAUAGCUUGUAAUGUAGGGAAGACUACACUCAUAUUCAGAGGUAACAAGAACCUUCCAGUCAAAAUACAACAUAAGACAAUUGUGGAAAAUUGGUUACUAUAGGGUAUUAUGUCUGAACAAAGCGACUAUGUUUGGUCUUCAGAUAUCCAUGUGUAUAAAUGCAUGCAGAGUAUGCAUUAGUUGCAUUCCCACUAGACAAUACCAAAAUACUGUAGAUAUUCAAACCAGUCGGCUACAGAGCUUCUCCAAGAGAUAAACCAGUACCACCUGCUGGCCAUUAGCGGUACUUCAAACAGUGAUCCUACAGAUGCUUCACUGUCUGAUCGACGGUACUAGAACAAACCAGAAAAGCAGACAUUAUUAAUUGGAAAUUACCAUCAAGCUGUUCAAGCUAUCAUUUGAUUUGGUUUCAACAUCAUUUAGGUUUUUAUAGUAAAUGUAGGUUUGUUUUAGAACUGCAAUGCAUACUAUGGGUUUUAUAGUGCAGUGUCCAGAUAUCCCCAUCUAAUUUUUAAGAUGGGAUAGAAAAUGUACUUAUUUUAAAGGGCACUUGAAAGAAAUUAGAAGCUGAAGUGGUACCUUGAACUAGUCUCAUUGAAAGUACUUUUGUGGCUUUCAGUUGAACACAGGAAGUGGUGUGACAAAACCCCAGCCUCUAUACAGCCUCUCUGCAAUCUUUAAACUCAUUCUAUCUAUCAGACAAACAUUUCUACGAAAGCUGCCUUAAUAACCACACACAAAAUUGUCUUUGGUGUGUGCUCUUCAUGUUUCUUUACAAUAAUCUGUAUGCUACGACUGGAGCUCACUGCUAACACGUCUUAAUUUCACUUACUAAGAACAUUAUCUAUAUAAACAAAGAAGUUGGCCUGGAGGGUCUAACACAAAAUUCCAAAGCUACAUUAUUUCCAGCAUUUUGGAACGUUGUGUCAGACCUUCCAAGCCAACUUCUUUUGUUUAGUGAACUUUAUUGGUUGCACCUGUAGUUAAUUGGUUGAGACCACCAAGCAUUGUGUGUGUGUAUGUGGGUGGGAGGUUCUGCUACCAAGUUUUAGCUGGCCUGUUGGUGUGGCUAAAGUGUUGCCUUACAGGAAGUCAGUCAGCAGUGUUGAGGCAACUUUAAGAGUGAUGGAGUUAACAAGGGACAUGUUACUUGUCAUUUUCUUCUUUGCUGGCUGGAAUGUACUGGAAAGUUUAACAUUCGGUCAUACAACUCGACUCAUUCCCGGCCACCCCAGUAACAUCAGCAAGAACGACACAUGCCUUAAGAAGGCUGUGCUUGCUGGGACCUAUGCAUUUAACAACCAGUCCAAUGACCUUUUCCUCUUCAAGCCUUCUGCUAUAGAUGCUGCACAAAGACAGAUUAUAAAAGGGAUCCGGUACAUUGCCGAUGUGGAGGUCACCCGCACUGUGUGCCGCAAAAAUGAACAUGACGAGGAUCUAGUCAACUGUGACUUCCAACCAGAUGGCUCAUUAUAUCAGACCUUUGACUGCCAUUUUGAGGUUUGGGUUGCACCCUGGCUGCACCUGAUGAAGACCACCUAUUUCCUGUGCCGACCUAAGACAGGAACAACCUGACUGCUCUUUGUCCUCUGCAAAAAGGCCUUUUUUAAAUGUAAUUACAAACGGGAUCUCA